UCAAAACUUUGGGUUUUUAUUUCCCCGCUGACAUACAGAUUCAGUCAUCGAUGAUUCUGAAUAAUGCUUUUGUUAUGUUUCAACAUUAUAGAAAUAAUAUUAGUAUUUUACAUGACAGAACACACAGGAGGAAACAAAACAGGCGGUUAAAUUGUUUUGACACUUCUUCCUCUGAAAUCCUCCCUAAAACUGACACCUUCUCUGACAAUACUUUGAUUUUGGCAAAACUGCCUGUGCUGCUGGGAGAAUUGCACCAUCUGAGGACUUUUUGACCGGGUCUAAUUAGCAGCGUAGGUAGUGGGGCUACAAAGCACUUUGGCAGAAUCACAGCAGCGGUGAUUUGAUGAGAUCUAAUUUUUCCUCAGGGAUGCUCUUUGGGGGAUAAAUCCUCUCUUCAGUGACUAAUUACCUGUUUGAACAAGGAGAGCCCCAUGGAGGAGGUGCUGGAGGUGCAGUAAACUGCCUUCUUUAGGCAUUAACGACCUGCAAAGGGAGAAACUUUCAGAGGUGGAACCAGCUCCUGCUCUGCUGAUCAUGGUCAACAAGACCUUAAAUUACUGGGGUCCCAGUUUUGAGGAGGACGUUAUCAACAUCAACGUGGGGGGUCUGAGGAGGCGGCUCAGCUCCAGCGCCCUCUCCAAGUUCCCCGACACGCGCCUGGGGCGCCUGCUGUCCUGCGACUCGGAGGAGUCCAUCCUGCAGCUCUGCGAUGACUACGACGUGAGCGCCAGGGAGUUCUACUUCGACAGAAACCCCGGCUUCUUCCUCUACGUCCUCCACUUCUACCAGACGGGGAAGCUGCACGUCAUGGAGGAGCUGUGCGUCUUCUCCUUCUGCCAGGAGAUCGAGUACUGGGGCAUCAACGAGUUCUUCCUGGACUCCUGCUGCAGCUACCGCUACCACGAGCGCAAGCUGGAGAGCCGGCACCACAACUGGGAUGAGGAGAGCGAGGUCAGCAGCGUGGACACGUCCCCCGAUGAGAUCUCUGACAUCAACCACGACCUGCUGCGGUACAGCACCCUGCGCUGCGGCAACGCGCGCAAGCGGCUCUGGCUCACCAUGGAGAACCCCGGCUACUCCAUCCCCAGCAAACUCUUCAGCUUCGUGUCCAUAAGCGUGGUGCUGGUUUCCAUAGCCACCAUGUGCAUCCACAGCAUGCCCGAGUACCAGGAGGUGGACGAGAACGGCAAUGUGCUCGAUGAGCCCAUUCUGCACAAGCUGGAGUAUUUCUGCAUCUCCUGGUUCACCUUCGAAGUGUCUUCCCGCCUCCUGCUCUCCCCCAACCCCAGGAAGUUCUUCAAGCACCCGCUGAACCUGAUUGACAUUGUCUCGGUGCUGCCCUUCUACUUCACCCUCCUGGUGGACGUGACCAUGGGCAGUGACUCAGAGCUGGGCAAUCUGGGCAAGGUCGUGCAGGUCUUCCGUCUCAUGAGGAUAUUCCGAGUGCUGAAGCUGGCUCGGCACUCCACUGGACUGAGGUCACUGGGGGCCACCUUGAAGCACAGCUACCGGGAGGUGGGGAUCCUGCUGCUCUACCUGGCCGUGGGGGUCUCUGUCUUCUCUGGAGUGGCCUACACUGCCGAGAAGGAGGAAGACGUUGGCUUCGACACCAUCCCAGCGUGCUGGUGGUGGGGCACGGUCAGCAUGACCACCGUGGGCUACGGCGACGUGGUGCCCGUCACGGUGGCGGGGAAGCUGGCUGCCUCGGGCUGCAUCCUGGGGGGCAUCCUGGUCGUGGCACUGCCCAUCACCAUCAUCUUCAACAAGUUCUCUCACUUCUACCGCAAGCAGAAGGCGCUGGAGGCGGCCGUGAGGAACAGCGGGAAGAAGGACCACGAGGAGGUGGAGAGCGUCUCCAGCCGCGACCGAGAGGACUCGGAGGCCCUGAGCGAGACCUCCCUGGACAGAGGCAGCCCCGACCGCCGUGGUCUGACCCCCGGUGCCCACCCCAGCCCCUGAGCCACGCUCCGUGGCGCUGGGGCCCGCAGGACCUGCUUGCUCACGGCGAGCACAGCACGGCUGCUGCACUGGGACACGGCAGAGGAUCCGGGCUCUCCCUGUCCUGCACCACAGCUGGCAUUGCCCCGGCCCUGCCAAGGACAGCAGGGGUUGGAGGAGAUGCCCAGUGGGUGCUGGCUGCUUCCAGCCCCCGGGAUGCGGUGACUGGGUCUGCCUGGAUGUGUUUUAGCCUUCACCCUGCUCCCCCUGGCUGCAAAUGGAGGCUGUGGUGCUGGACAUACUCCCACCAAAAGGGGAGGGAGAAAAAAGAAAUACAGGUGAGCCCUUACCAGGCACUGCCCCAGCUGGGUAGAGGGGGAUUUCCCUCUGCCAGAAGGUUGUGUGUUGUCCAGGGUGAGGCUAAACAGCUCAAGGGUGAGGCAGACCCUGACCAAGUUGGCUGCCCUUGCAGGUCCUCUGCCAGGUCAGCAUCAACUCCAGCCCCAGCCUUGUCCUACCCCCUGCUGGAAACAGCCUCAAAAGGCUCAACUGGUCCCCCAGCCAUAAAGGAAAGGGGGCUAGAAGUGAGUCUGUAUAAGGGGAGAGGUGGUGUCAGCUCAGGGUGAAUCCCACUGUCCUCAGUCCCUGCAGUGGGGUUGACUGGACUUCACCUUCCUUCCAGCUGGGGUUUAUCUGCUCGCCUGCACUGCCACUGCUGGGAUCCCCGGGGAUCUGGGGCUGGGGCAUGGCACAGCCAGGAGCACUGCCCAUGCAGGGGGGCACCAGCCAGGGAUGACCAGGCCAAAGGGACGUUGUCCUCUGAGGCAGGAGCAGAGGAAGGGGAUCAAGCUGGGGGAACUGAGGAGCCAUCCCCAGUGGGGCUCUCCCCACAAGCCCUUCCCUCCACGGCGCUCCUAUGCCAUGGGAGCCCAGGGCCUGCAGCAGGCCAUGGUGGGGUAGGAGACACAACCAAAGCCAGCUGGGUUUGGCACACAGCCUGUUCCCCCUCACCACAGCCCCAGCCUGGCUUCGUUCUGCCUCUUCCCUCCUUGCCUCAGGGCCAGGCAGGGGCAGGAGGGCUGUAAGGAGUGGGGGGUCAUACUGCCCUGAGUGUCCUCGCUGUUCCCCAGGGAGCUCAGCUCCCCGGGGGAUGAUGCACUCACCUUCCCUCUGCCCGGAGGGGGCACCCCCAUGUCCGUGGGACAGAGGAGACCUUGCACUGCUCCUCAGUGACCAAGCACCUCACAGCCGGGCAGGGAGGUCCGCCUGGAGCACCAGACUGCCCUCCUGCCUGGACCCCCAGCCCACCUGAGCACAUUCAGGGCUGCUCCCAGCACAGCAUUAAUUCCCUAUGGAGUCUUUCCUUGCCCCCAUGGUUCUCUGUUUGGAAACUGUGCAGCUCCGUUGUGCACAGGGGAACACACCCAGCAACGCCUGUUCUGAGCAGGGGAAAUGUGCAUCCUGCAAUCCCCAAAUCAGCUCAAAACCACGUUGGUGGCUGCAGGAUGACCCCAGGUACCUGGAUCACGGGGUUUGCUGCUGGCUGUCCUGGCUGGGUGUC